GCGGCGGCGGCCCCGUCUGUAGGGCGCGUCGGGACCGGCCGGCCGGGCGGGGCUGAGGGGAAGGAAAAUGCAACAUGGCAGCAGCAAUGGAAACUGAACAGCUGGGUGUUGAAAUCUUUGAAACUACAGAAUGUGAGGAGAAUGUUGAAUCACAAGAACAGCCUAAAUUGGAGCCAUUUUAUGUUGAGAGAUAUUCCUGGAGUCAGCUUAAGAAACUCCUUGCAGAUACCAGGAAAUACCAUGGCUACAUGAUGGCGAAGGCACCACAUGACUUUAUGUUUGUAAAGAAGAAUGAUCCAGAUGGGCCUCAUUCGGACAGGGUCUAUUACCUUGCCAUGUCUGGUGAAAACAGAGAAAACACACUGUUUUAUUCAGAAAUUCCCAAAACCAUCAACAAAGCAGCAGUUUUAAUGCUGUCUUGGAAGCCACUCUUAGAUCUUUUUCAGGCAACCCUGGACUAUGGAAUGUAUUCUCGAGAAGAAGAAUUAUUAAGAGAAAGAAAACGUAUUGGAACAAUUGGAAUUGCUUCUUAUGAUUAUCACCAUGAAAGUGGAACAUUUUUGUUCCAAGCUGGUAGUGGAAUAUACCAUGUAAAAGAUGGAGGCCCACAUGGAUUUACUCAACAACCCUUAAGACCCAAUUUAGUGGAGACCAGUUGCCCCAACAUAAGGAUGGAUCCAAAACUGUGCCCUGCUGAUCCAAACUGGAUUGCUUUCAUCCAUAGCAAUGACAUCUGGAUAGCGAACAUUGUAACUAGGGAAGAAAGGAGGCUCACCUAUGUGCACAAUGAGCUUGCUAACAUGGAAGAGGACCCAAGAUCAGCUGGGGUUGCUACCUUUGUCCUUCAGGAAGAGUUUGAUAGAUAUUCUGGCUAUUGGUGGUGUCCAGAGGCUGAACCAACUCCCAAUGGAGGAAAAGUUCUUCGAAUUCUAUAUGAAGAAAAUGAUGAAUCAGAGGUGGAAAUUAUUCAUGUUACAUCCCCCAUGUUAGAGACCAGAAGGACAGAUUCAUUCCGAUAUCCCAAAACAGGCACAGCAAAUCCAAAAGUCACUUUUAAGAUGUCAGAAGUAAUAAUUGAUGCCGAGGGAAGGAUUGCAGAUGUGGUGGAUAAGGAACUAGUACAACCCUUUGAGGUUCUGUUUGAAGGAGUUGAGUAUAUUGCCCGAGCUGGAUGGACUCCAGAGGGAAAAUAUGCUUGGUCCAUCCUACUAGAUCGUUCCCAAACCCGACUACAGAUAGUGUUAAUAUCCCCUGCACUAUUUAUCCCAGUAGAAGAUGAUGCAAUGGAACGACAGAAACUCAUAGAUUCAGUGCCUGAUUCUGUGACACCACUCAUUAUUUAUGAAGAAACAACAGACAUCUGGAUAAAUAUCCAUGACAUCUUUCAUGUUUUCCCCCAAAGUCAUGAAGAUGAAAUAGAGUUUAUUUUUGCCUCAGAAUGCAAAACAGGUUUCCGACAUCUAUAUAAAAUCACUUCCAUUUUAAAAGAGAGCAAGUAUAAACGAUCCAGUGGGGUACUACCUGCUCCAAGUGAUUUCAAGUGCCCAGUCAAAGAAGAAGUAGCAAUUACCAGUGGUGAAUGGGAAGUUCUUGGCCGACAUGGAUCUAAUAUCCAAGUUGAUGAAGUACAGAAGCUGGUGUAUUUUGAAGGCACCAAAGAUUCCCCGUUAGAACAUCACUUGUAUGUGGUCAGCUAUGACAAUCCUGGAGAGGUGACAAGGUUGACAGAUCGUGGCUACUCUCAUUCCUGCUGUAUUAGCCAGCAUUGUGAUUUAUUUAUAAGUAAAUACAGUAACCAGAAGAAUCCACACUGUGUGUCCCUUUACAAGCUCUCAGGUCCUGAAGAUGACCCAGCACACAGAACAAAGGAAUUUUGGGCCACUAUUUUAGAUUCUGCAGGUCCUCUUCCUGACUACACACCACCAGAAAUCUUCUCAUUUGAGAGUACUACAGGAUUCACAUUGUAUGGAAUGAUGUAUAAACCUCAUGAUCUUCAGCCUGGGAAGAAAUACCCCACUGUGCUGUUUAUCUAUGGUGGUCCUCAGGUGCAGCUGGUGAAUAAUCGAUUUAAAGGAGUCAAAUAUUUCCGCUUGAAUACCUUGGCAUCUCUUGGUUAUGUAGUUGUGGUUAUCGACAACAGGGGAUCCUGUCAUCGAGGGCUUAAAUUUGAAGGUGCCUUCAAAUAUAAAAUGGGUCAAAUAGAAAUUGAAGACCAGGUGGAAGGACUUCAGUACCUAGCAUCUCAGUAUGAUUUUAUUGAUUUAGAUCGUGUGGGCAUCCAUGGCUGGUCCUAUGGAGGAUACCUCUCUUUGAUGGCAUUAAUGCAGAGGUCAGAUAUCUUCAGGGUUGCAAUUGCUGGAGCUCCAGUUACUCUGUGGAUUUUCUAUGAUACGGGAUAUACAGAACGUUAUAUGGGUCACCCUGACCAGAAUGAACAGGGCUAUUACCUAGGAUCUGUGGCCAUGCAAGCAGAGAAGUUCCCUUCUGAACCCAAUCGUUUACUACUAUUGCAUGGGUUCUUGGAUGAAAAUGUUCACUUUGCACACACCAGUAUAUUACUGAGUUUUUUAGUAAGGGCUGGAAAACCAUAUGAUUUACAGAUCUAUCCUCAGGAGAGACACAGCAUAAGAGUCCCUGAAUCUGGAGAACAUUAUGAACUGCAUCUUUUGCACUACCUUCAAGAAAAUCUUGGAUCACGAAUUGCUGCUUUGAAAGUGAUAUAAUUGUGACUUUUGUGGAACUCUGGUACACUGGCUGCUUAACCAAAUGAGGAGGUUUAAUCUGUAGAAAACAUAGAAAACUGAUCAUCACAUUUUGGUGCCUGCUAUGUAACAUCCACUUCUGAAAGUAUAUUUGGUGCCAUACAGGAAUCUACAGUACAUGAAUAGCAACCUCAUACCUUAACACACAUAAAGAACUGAACGAUGUAAAUUUCCAUGGGACACAGCAAUACCAUGAAAAUUACUGAGAGAAGUUAAAAUAUUUGCAGCACAUAUCAACACCAUCAUAUUUCCACCUUUUAAAAGCAUUGUAAGCCUCAUGGAUUUAAUUGGUGUAUUUUUACAGUAUAUUUCCGAGUUUGUUAUAUUAUGGUAAUAUUAGGUGAUUGGUUCGCUAUAAUUCCAGAAUCUCUGGCUAAUUACAAAUUUGAUAGCACUUAAAUGUAAUUGAAUAGUUUAUGUUUCAUCGCUUGGGGUGUGUCCAGCAUGUUAAGAACUAAUCACUAUUAAACCUAUGACUUAACCAAUUGUUAAUGA